GUUUUUACCUCUGCGAGUUUCGAUUGGUGGCUGCGGGAGGAGGUUUGCUGCCAGGCAGAGCCCUCCGUUCCCAUCAUCUCUCGACGGCUUUCCAAAGAUACGUUUCUCAGCGUUAGCGCGUUGGAAGGAGGCUGAUCUCACACGAGUAAACACGGGGCUAAAACACGCUCCAGACAUCUGGGUCUGGGCGCAGGUACUGGCACCAUGGCAGGUAGCGGGCAGCCGCAGGUACAGCCGCACAAAACAGCCGGGCUCUUUGUGUGCCGGGGACCGGCGUGGAAGGAGGGAACAGGAGAAGGAGGAUCUGGAGUUCGGAGUGUGGGCAGAACGCUGCUUGCACGCAUCCCCCUGUCUGGACGUGCUCCUCAGGUUUGGGAUCUCGUGGCUGGGGAGCAGCGGUGCCCGCAGAGCUCCCCGCUUCCCGUGGGGCUGUUUGCGUUUCCACUCAGCUGCAGUUUCCAUAUUACAGCCUGCACGCAAGCAGGCGUGCUGUUGCACAGGCUCUGCUAGGAGCAAGUUUGAGAAACACGACCAUUUUGUUUCUAAAGAAGCAAAAUCUAAGGGUGUCUCCUGAAACUUAAAUCCUUGUGCUCAGUGUGUGUGUGUGUGGGGGGGGGCAGCUUUAUUUCUUCUUCCUGUUCUCAUCCAGUUCCCUGUUUACUCUGGGAACCUUGCUUGGUUUCACAGCCUUUGGGCUCUUUUUUUUUUUUUUAAGAGAAGGAAUUAAGGUGAAAAAGGUAUUGUGCAGGAAUUAAUACGUUUCUCUUUUGUCUUGAUAGUCGAAGGGGUUAAGAAGAGGGAUUCUGUCUGUAUUGUAACAAACUGAGAUUCAGGCUUUUGUUUUGUUCUCAUAGGCAGUGCUCCCUUCUGAAAGACUUCAUUCUAAGGCUCUGUCUUUUCUUUCAGUGGGUUCCUAAGGCAUCCCCGAACGCAGAAGUGAUGGGUGCCCAGAGCUGGGGUCUGCUGUUGAGAGGCAGCAAACCCGGAGCCAGCACUGGGGUGCAGGGAGGCAGGGAGCGAUCACUUUGGGUUCACCCGACUAGCGGUGCCUUGACUCGCAGGAAAAGAGUCAUUCCCCAUCACCGAAACAGAUGCUCAGCAGCUUGCAGAACAAGGCAACUAAAUAUAGUAACGGUUGUCCCCAGCACAAGUGCUGGCCUUCUGUAGUUUCUUUCCCUGUGUUUUCUCCCGGUUAAUCUGGAAGAACCUGGCUUUGUCCCUUUAUUGCUGUUUUAAAGGGUGAGAGGAGUAAAAGCCUCUUAAUUGCAGGCCAUGUGACUUUGGUAUGCCAUCACGCAUUCUGUGGGAGAAUUAAGACGUUCAGAGUGGCAGCCAGGACUGCGAGACACCUUGGAUUUCAGGAGCAGACGUUCUCCUUCAAAAUUAUUGCGAUUACACUGCAAAUCAGAGCUCUCUCGGAGCAGAUAAAUAGCUGUUAGCCUUCUCUUCUGGAAAAGCGCAGGGCUUUGUCCAGCCCCACGCCGCCCUGCUCUGAGGCAUGCAGGCUGCCUUCUGCAGAGCGGGUCACGUUGUCAACGCUGCUGCUCUGAGGAGCAAAAUCUGGCCGUCAGGGAGAGUGUGUGUUUCUUUCAGUAGCUUCCAAGCAGCAGUCGGUCAGCUUACAAGAAAUGUUUUGUCUGGUGGCUGGGAGUGAGGACACGGCCUGGGAGCGCGGCACCUCCUGCUCGAGCGGUGAUGGAGCGAUGGCACCGUGUGGGGCAGAGCGGUGGGAUCACUGCUGGGGAACAUCCCUGAGCUUUUGCUGCUUAUAAUUGAGUUAUGGUCGUUGGGUAUCACUUGAGAUGCAAAAAGAGAUGGAUACAGAAUGACCCAUUCCUGUUUUUUUUCCUCUAUUGGCUUUAAGUGACAGUAUUUCAUAGCACAGACACUGGUGUGUUAGCUCAGAGCCUUUGGAGGGAAGGUGGGAUUUGUGCUUGUGAUUUGCUGAGGGCCUGGGGUACCGGGCAGCAUGGAGGCCUGGUUAUGCUGUGUUUGACCAACCCCUUGAGUAAGAGAUGUUGGUUUUGCGGAAGGUAAGCACGAUUCCUCGGUGCUGGGAGAGUCACCGGUCCCCAGGCUUCCCCGCGCUCGGUUCUUUGCACACACUGGAGUGAGGUGGCAGCUUGGUGACGCCACGCUGGCCGGGGAAAUGCCUGUAAUUACUGCAAAGAAACUUAAUGAAGAGCUGCGCAGAGCGCGGAUUUGGACUAAGCUUCUCUUACAAGUUUCUGUACUCUGGGCCGCGCUUGAAAGAUAAGUGGAUGGGUCACUUGGUUACAAAACUCUGCUGUCUGCUGAGCCUUUCCAGCAUUGUUUGUUCCCUGAGGUUCCUUCAGAGGUCCUGGCUGCAUUUCUUUGUGAUGUGAGGAAAGCAGCUUCUGUUAUCGCUGAAAUACCGCUCUGAAGUUUCGCUGGCUUUUGGCGUUCCUUGUAAUUGCUCUAAAUUCCCUUGGUACAACACUGAAGUAAUCCUCAUGCCCUGUCAGACGGAUUGCUGCUCGCCUGUCUCUGCCAUGUAUGAGCUAAAUGAGACCGUUCUACGUGUACAGGAGUUGCUGUCGGAGCCUGAUGGUGGUUGUGGCUGAAUCUGGGUUGAUGGAAGCGUUGGGAUCUGUGUGGGACUCAUCCCUGCGAGUGCUGAGAACAGACCAGUGGAUGGAGAGCUUAACAGUCCUUGUGAAGCAUACGCAGAUAUUAAACCCAUUCAUCAAGCAGAAAUGGGACUAGAAAAGGCAGGGAGCUGUUCUCGAUAGUCUUGUUGAUGGUUUUUUUUUCCCAGUGCUUUUCAUAGGACAGCGAGUCAUGCCAAGUCCUCCGGCGGAUGACCUUAUGUAGUCUUAAGGUGUGUCCAAAAUUAGGUCCUUGUCUUUGCUGAGGGCCCAACAGCACCAGCUGGCAUUUCAUGGGAAAGGAAGUCAAUAUCCAUGUGAGCCGAGGGCAGGCUGCAGUUCUGGGGCGUGUUGGUGAGCCAAGAUGAGCCCAGAGCUUUUAUUUUCCUGCACUAGUGAGCAGCAGCAGCGGGAGGAGAUGUUUGCUGCAUGUGAAGAUACGCCUGAGAUACACUGCCAAAAAGAGGUGUUGGGAGGUGUUUGGAGAAGAACUGGGGGGAGAUGCAGAGGUUGGGACUGUCUUAAACAGAGUGGCCACGAAAUGGUAGAGUUCUCGAAUCUUGGUGGAGUCAGGAGGGGGAGCAGCAAAACUGCUGCCUUCAACUUGCCGAGCGCGGCCUUUGAACUGCUGGGGACACUGGUAGGGAGAGUCCUUUGGGGUUCAGUCCUGAUGGGGAAAGGGGCCCAGUAAAGCUGGGUGCUCAAGAAGGAAUGCUGAGAGGCGCAGGAGCAGGGUGUCUGCCUGUGUCAUAAGGUGAACUGGUGUGGGAGAAGACCGGCCUGGAUGAACAGGGAGCUUUUGCUGAGACUCCGGGAGGGACAGAGUCUGCCUCCUGUGGGAGAAGGGACGGGCAGCUCGGGGAGAGUACAAGGAAGUUGUUAGGAUGUGCUGGGAGAAAACUAGAAAGGCAGUAACCCAGCUUGAACUCAGCCUCACCACUGGGCUAAAAGAGAACGAAGAACUUCUUUACAACUAUAUUGACAGGAAGAGGAGGGCUGAGGAGAAUCUCCAUCCUUUACUGGAUGUGGCAGGGAACGUGACCACCGAGGAUAAAGAAAAGGCUGAGGUUCUCAAUGCCUUCUUUACGUCUGUCUUUAAAAGUCAGACCAGUUAUCCUCAGGGUGCUCAACCCUCUGACCUGGGAGACUGGAAUGGGGAGCAGUAACAAUAAACCCCCCAUGAUUCAGGUGGAGACAGAAACCCACUGCUCCACCUGGGGAGUCCAUGGGGCUGGGUGGGAUCCUCCCGAGGGCGCUGGGGGAGCUGGCAGGGGUGAUAGCCAAGCCGCUUUCCACCAUCUGUCAGAUGUCAGAGUUCCUGGUCAACUGGAGAGGUCUCAGUGGACUGGAGGCUUGCCGGUGUGACUCCCAUCUACGAGAAGGGUCAUAAGGAGGAUUUGGGGAACUACAGGCAUCCAUCAGCAUGACCUCGGUGCCAGGGAAGGUUAUGGAGCAAGUCAUCCUGAGUGAGAGUGCACGACGCGUCCAAGACAACCGGGGGAUCAGGCCCAGCCAGCAUGGGUUCACAGAAGGCAGGUCCUGCUUGACCAACCUGAUAUCCUUCUGUGACUGAGCGACCCGCCUGGUGGAUGAGGGAAAGGCUGCUGACGUAGUCUGCCUCGACUUCAGCAAACCCUCUGACACUGUCUCCCAUGACAUUCUGCUGGAGAAGCUGGCAGCCCGUGGCUUGGACAGAUAUGGACGUGUCGAAAGCGUCAAAAUACUCCCCAAGAGGGGGUCGGAAGGCGGAGUGGCAGCGUUUGUGGAUUUUGUGGACAUCAAAAGUGCGCAGAAGGCGCACAACUCUGUCAACAAAAUGGGCGAUAGAGACCUACGGACGGAUUAUAAUGAACCAGGAACCAUUCCCAGUGCUGCUCGGGGAUUGGAUGAUACAGUUUCCAUAGCAUCUCGUAGUAGAGAGGUUUCUGGGUUCAGAGGAGGUGGGGGGGGGCCCACUUAUGGCCCCCCGCCAUCGCUUCAUGCACGGGAAGGACGUUAUGAGCGGAGACUUGAUGGGGCUUCAGAUAACAGGGAGCGUGCUUAUGAACAUAGUGCCUAUGGACACCAUGAACGGGGGACGGGAGGAUUUGAUCGGACAAGACAUUACGAUCAGGAUUACUAUAGAGAUCCUCGGGAGCGGACUUUACAACAUGGGCUCUAUUAUACUUCUCGGAGUCGAAGUCCAAACCGUUUUGAUGCUCACGACCCCCGUUACGAACCUAGGGCCCGGGAACAGUUUACAUUGCCCAGUGUGGUACACAGGGAUAUCUACAGGGAUGAUAUUACACGGGAGGUACGAGGCAGAAGGCCAGAACGGAAUUACCAGCACAGCAGGAGCCGCUCGCCGCAUUCAUCCCAGUCCCGGACCCAGUCCCCGCAGCGGCUGGCCAGCCAGGCCUCCAGGCCCACGCGCUCCCCCAGCGGCAGCGGCUCCAGGAGUCGGUCUUCCAGCAGCGACUCCAUCAGCAGCAGCAGCAGUACCAGCAGUGACAGCAGUGACUCCAGCAGCAGUUCCAGCGACGAGUCGCCGGCGCGCUCCGUGCAGUCGACAGCGGUCCCCGCGCCCGCGUCCCAGCUGCUUCCAUCUCUGGAGAAGGAUGAACCCAGAAAAAGUUUUGGGAUCAAGGUCCAAAAUCUUCCAGUGCGCUCGACAGAUACAAGCCUUAAAGAUGGACUUUUCCACGAAUUCAAGAAGUAUGGGAAGGUGACGUCGGUGCAGAUUCAUGGGGCCUCUGAGGAACGGUAUGGACUGGUGUUCUUCCGACAGCAGGAGGACCAGGAAAAAGCACUAAAUGCCUCCAAAGGAAAGCUUUUCUUUGGCAUGCAGAUUGAAGUGACAGCCUGGAUAGGACCAGAAACAGAAAGCGAGAAUGAAUUUCGUCCCCUGGAUGAGAGGAUAGAUGAGUUUCACCCCAAAGCAACGAGGACUCUCUUCAUUGGCAACCUGGAGAAGACGACCACCUAUCAUGACCUUCGCAACAUCUUUCAGCGCUUCGGUGGCAUAGUGGAUAUCGACAUUAAGAAAGUGAAUGGUGUUCCUCAGUAUGCAUUCCUGCAAUACUGUGAUAUUGCAAGCGUGUGUAAAGCAAUUAAGAAGAUGGACGGGGAAUAUCUCGGAAACAACCGGCUCAAGCUGGGUUUUGGAAAGAGCAUGCCUACAAACUGCGUGUGGUUAGAUGGUCUUUCUACAAACGUUACGGAUCAGUAUUUAACUCGACAUUUCUGCCGAUACGGGCCUGUGGUGAAGGUGGUGUUUGACCGCUUAAAAGGCAUGGCCCUGGUUCUCUACAAUGAGAUUGAAUAUGCACAAGCAGCUGUAAAAGAGACCAAGGGGAGGAAAAUCGGUGGGAAUAAAAUUAAGGUGGAUUUUGCAAAUCGAGAAAGUCAGUUGGCAUUUUAUCAUUCCAUGGAGAAAACUGGUCAAGAUAUCAGAGACUUCUAUGAAAUGCUGGCAGAAAGAAGCAGGGAUGAAAGAAGAGGAUCUUACGAAUACGCCCCUGAUCGUACUUACUAUGAGACUGUUAGGACUCCCGGGACCUAUCCUGAAGAUCCUCGUCGAGAAUACCCAGCUCGAGGCAGAGAAUUUUAUGCAGAAUGGGAUCCUUACCAAGGAGACUACUACGACCCACGCUACUACGAUGACCCACGCGAGUACCGGGAUUACAGAGGUGAUCCGUAUGAGCAAGACAUAAGGGAGUACAGCUACAGGCAACGGGAGAGAGAGAGGGAGAGGGAACGGUUUGAAUCCGAUCGCGACAGAGAUCACGAGAGGAGACCGAUUGAACGUAGCCAGAGCCCCACGCACUCCAGGCGUCCGCAGAGUCCUGGGGCAUCUCCCUCGCAAUCGGAAAGGCUGCAGAGUGAUUCAGAGAGGAGGAUCUACAGCAGGUCAUCGGAUCGCAGUGGAAGUUGCAGCUCUCUGUCUCCUCCGCGAUACGACAAGCUCGACAAAGCCCGUGUAGAACGUUACGCAAAAAACGAGAAAACAGAGAAGGAGCGAGCUUUCGACCAGGAGAGAGCUGACAAAGACAAACGCCUGGUGAGGAAGGAGAAGCCGGAAAAACUAGAAAAGGAGAAAACAGAUAAGCAAAAACGAAAAGCAAAAAUCCAUUCACCCAGCUCCCAGUCUUCUGAAACUGAUCAAGAGAAUGAGAGAGAGCCCAGCCCUGAAAAAUUAAAGGGCAAUAGUAAACAGAGUAAAGAGAGAGGUGACAAAGAAGGGACAGCUAAGAACCGUCUAGAGCUAAUGCCUUGUGUAGUGCUGACGCGAGUAAAAGAAAAGGAAGGGAAAGUUAUUGAUCAGCCUACUUUGGAGAAACUGAGAGCAAAGCUUGAUAAUGACACUAUGAAGUCCCCUCUUCUUGAACAAAAAACACAGACAUCUCAAGCUGAGCAAACAAAGUCUGAUCAGUCUAAACUGGAACCUGUCAGAACCAAGGUACAAAAAGAGAAAGCCCUUGCCAGCCACAUAGAAGUGGUUGAUAAAGAGGGAAAAGUGAAACCCAAAAAGCACUUGAAGACAGAGCAGACUUCUGAGGGGGCAAAUGCAGUAGAUUUAGACAAGCUGGAGGCUCGUAAAAGACGUUUUGCUGAUGCAAAUCUGAAGCUUGACAGGCAAAAACUGGAAGCAAAAAGAAGCAGCCAGGAUGAGGAAGAUGCACGUGUAGCUUUGAAAAAACAACUUGAUGCAACAACUUCAUCUAGAGAAGGUACAAUGUUAAGGGAAGGAGAAUUGGAGAGAAAGCCCCUGAGGAAGGAGAUGCUUAAAAGGGAAUCUAAAAAAAUGAGACUGGAAAGACUCAUUCCUGGUACUAGUCCCAAAGAAAUUCAGGAGACUCUUAAUGUUGGCGGGAUUGGCAUGCGUCCCACUCUAGAUUUGCAGGCAAGGCUAAUUGAGGCAGCUGAUGAGGCAGUGGAAGUUCAAGAGCUCCCUUCUAAAAAAUUGAAUCCGGUAAAGUCCCAGCAUAAACAAGCACAGUUACUAGAUGAUCAUGGAACAGAGAGAGAAGACGCAAAGAAGAAUUACUCUGGUCUUCCAGAAGACACGUCUGACCAUAAGCUUGGCCAAGAGAAACCUCAGCCAACUGAAACAGAGGAGAAAAUUGGCAUUGACAUUGACCACACGCAAAGUUACAGGAAGCAAAUGGAGCAAAGUCGCAGGUUAAAACAGCAGCUGGAAAUGGAGAUUGCAAAGUCUGAGAAGUUUGGCAGUCCGAAGAAAGAUGUAGAUGAGUAUGAAAGACGGAGCUUGGUCCAUGAGGUGGGAAAACCUCCGCAAGAUGUCACCGAUGACUCUCCACCAAGUAAAAGGAAAAAGGCCGACCAGUUUGACUUUGAAAUUAGCACUAAAAGAGAAAGAAACUACAGAAGUUCCCGUCAGGUGAGUGAAGACUCUGAAAGGACAUCGUGUUCGCCUAGUAUCAGGCAAUUCCCUUUCCAUGAAGAUGAUGACACGCUAGAUUCUCCAAGGCUCAUGCCAUUAAAGGAAACCAAAGAGUCACCUAAAAUAGAAGAAAAAGGUCUUUCCUAUUCCAAUAUGACAGUGAGGGAGGACUCCCUGAAAUUCAAUCCUUACGAUUCCAGCAGAAGGGAGCAGAUGGCAGAAAUGGCUAAAAUAAAACUGUCUGUCCUGAGCUCUGAAGAUGACUCAAGUAGAUGGGAAACACAAGUGAAGCAGGAGCCUGGAAGAGUUGAUAUUAGCUUUCCUAGCAGCAUUGUCAAAAGAGAUGGCAUACGUAAGCGGUCUGUACGAGACCUGGAACCCGGGGAGGUGCCUUCAGAUUCGGAUGAUGACAGUGAAAACAAACCCCAUUCUCCAAAAGCCUCGUCUUUGUUAGAGGGUUCCAGGUUAUCUUUUUUAUUGAGGGACAGAGAAGAGAAGUUACGCGAAAGGGAGGAAAGACUGUCGAGUUCCUUAGAAAGAAACAAAUUUUAUUCUUUCGCACUGGACAAGACAAUCACACCAGACACAAAGGCCUUGCUUGAAAGAGCUAAAUCCCUGUCUUCCUCCAGAGAAGAAAACUGGUCCUUUCUAGACUGGGAUUCAAGAUUUGCUAGUUUUAGAAAUAAUAAAGACAAAGAGAAAGUGGACUCAGCUCCUAGACCUAUUCCGUCUUGGUAUAUGAAAAAGAAAAAAAUCAGGACUGAUUCAGAAGGUGGAAAACUGGAUGAUAAGAAAGAAGAUCAUAAAGAAGAAGAACAGGAGAGGCAGGAACUGUUCGCUUCUCGUUUCUUGCAUAGUUCAAUCUUUGAACAGGACUCCAAGCGCCUGCAGCAUUUGGAGAGAAAAGAUGAUGAUCUUGACUUCAUUUCUGGUAGAUUGUAUGGGAGACAGUCUUCCUCCGAUGGGACUAACAGUGCAGCUGACUUGGUGCAAGAACCAGUUGUGCUUUUCCACAGUAGAUUUAUUGAACUAACACGAAUGCAGCAAAAAGAAAAAGAGAAAGAUCAGAAACCAAAAGAAGUGGAAAAACAGGAAGAUAAAGAGAAUCGGCCCAAAACACCAGAAACGGUUCCUGAUAGUAAAGAACCAGAACAUAAAACGUCCUCGGUAGCCGGUCCCUCCUCUGUCGCUGCCCUACCCCAGGAACCAACACCAGUUGCUUCUGAGAAGGUCGCAGAAAAAAUAGUCGUGGAAACAACUUCUGUAAAAGAAGAAAAACCAUCUGAGCCUGUUUCUGCAGCAGAGGAACAAAAACCUUUCCCUGAACUUGCUGCUCCUGUCAAAGUGGAACCACCUGAGCAAACGGAACCCCCACCAGUCAGUGAAGCCAGUAAAGACGUUCCUACAGCCGCAGCACCGGAGGAAGAUGCAGUGGCAACAGAACAUCCUUCAUACUUGGAUACCAAACCUCCUACUCCCGGAGCUUCGUUUUCCCAAGUGGACAUGGGCGUAGAUCCAGAACCUGAGAGUGCCCAGUUGAUUCCGCCUCCACCGAAGCAAGGCCAGAAGUCUGAUGAGGCUGCUGAACCGAAGGAGGAAAAUCCUCUGCCUCCUGCCAGCGCUGACGCUGGUGCAAGUCAAAAGGCUGAGGCAGCUGCCGAGGUCCUGCCUCCUGUUUCUGACAACGAUAUGGAAGUUGAACCUCCGGUUGUUGUAAAAGAUAAAAAAUCUUACAAGAGUAAACGUUCCAAGACCCCUGUACAGUCAGCGGCAGCUAGCGUCACGGAAAAGCCCGUCACGAGGAAGAGCGAAAGAAUUGACCGUGAAAAACUCAAAAGGUCGAGCUCUCCUCGAGGGGAAGUGCAGAAACUUUCUGAAUUGAAAGUGGAGGCAGAGAAAGUUUCGAGGAAUGCUGCUAAGUCCCCUAGUUCUGCCGCGGAGCCAGAAAACGUGGAGCCAAGCUUGCCCAUAGGCCGAACGAGGCGCAGAAAUGUCCGGUCAGUCUAUGCUACCACAGGAGACAACGAGGGCCCAUCUCCUGUGAAGGACUUUGUGGAGGUCACUAGAUCCACCAGGAAGAGAGGGGAAAAAGAACCGCAGGAAAUGGUGACCACUGUCCCUACGACACCCAGAAGAGGAAGACCUCCCAAAACCCGCCGUAAGCCAGAGGAGGACAUCUCUCCUAUAAAGACAGAACCGGUACAACAAGAAGCGGAGGAGGCUGAAGCUAAGGAAGCCACCGAAGCUCCCAAGCCUGCGGAGGGAUGGAGGUCACCUCGGUCCCAGAAGCUGACACACAGUCACUCAUCUGCUGCUACGGGUCAGCAGGGGAAGAAAGGGAAGAACGAACCAAAAGCUGAUACCUCGGCUGAAUCUGAGGAUGCUGCUGAAAGAAGCGGUCAGGAAUCAAGUGUUAGCGACAACAGCAAUAAAGCAAAAGCAACUGAGAAAGAGCUGGCAGCAAGCGAACAGAAACGUGAUAGGAAAGAAGUGGAUGCAGAGAAAAACCAGCUGGAAAUCUCCGCCGCUGAGAUGACUGAGAAGAAGCCGGUGCCAGAAAAGGUUACGAAAUCCAAAAGGGGAAGGUACAAAAAUACCAAAACUGUUGUAGAUAAAGCGUCAGUGUGUCUCAAAAAUGUAGAAAUACGCCUCAAUGUCGAUGAAGUCAAGGGUGCCUUGAGGCCAGCUGAGGAAGAAGCGGAGCCCAUGGCGGCAUCACCAGCAAAAAUCAAAAGCCCACAGAAAGAGGACAUCUUGCCACCCCACUUUGGUAAGAAUGAGGUCGAAGAUUCAUUCCAGGAAACAGAAAAAGAGGUGAUGCGGGAGCCGAAGCAAUCCCCUGAGGCUGCCCAAUUAGCAAAACAGAUUGAGCUCGAGCAGGCUGUGGAGCAUAUUGCAAAACUCACCGAGACGCCUCCGUCGAUGACUGCCUACAAGGAGCCGACAGCGGAUGUGCAUGAGGUUCGUCAGGAGGAGGAAGGAGACAAACCCGCCCAUCAGGCCAGCGAGACAGAGCUGGCAGCAGCUAUCGGAUCCAUCAUCAAUGAUAUUUCUGGGGAGACGGAAAGCUUUCCUGCACCCCCAACCUAUCCCACUGAAUCGGAAGCGGAAAUCCCGCCUGAGCCCCUGGUGUUACCGUCACCUCGGGAGGAAAUGGAACCCGAAACUGAUCAGGCAGUGAACAACAUCCUCGAGGCAGAAGCUGCUGUUGAGGCCCCGGUGCAGCCGGUUGCCAGCUCUGCCCCACUGGCGGUGGAGACGGAGAGCAAGGACACGGAGGUCAGCUUCAGCGAGUCGUCCAACUCCGCGCAGGAGACGGAGACCCUGCAGGAGGCUGAAGUUGCACGGAAGGAAAAGGGCCGUCAGAAGGCCACACGGCAGAGGCGCAAGAGGAGCACGGGCAGGAAGGGCGACGUCGCCGAAGUCAAUGCCUAUGAGCCAGAGAGGGUACAGAGCAGGUCUCCUCCUGCCAGCGAGGUAAAGGCGAAACCCGAGGAAGCCCUGAAGGAGGAAAAGCAACCUAAAGCUGCCACUCAGGUGUCUGUGGAGCCAAGCGCUGCCGACAGCAGCAAGGCUGCAUCUGCAGACGUCAUUGUGGAUGCGCCCGAAGCCGCUGCUGAGAGCAGUGCCUCUCCCAAAGCCCCCGCACCCUCUCCUCUGGACCUGCCGGCCCCGCCGCCUUCUACCGACGAGGGGAGUCAGAGCAGCUUCAAGAUACGGUCACCCAUGGAGAACACACCCAUCACGCCACCCAGCGUCCCCAGCGCUGCCGUUCCCACCAUUCCUUCGGCAGCCGUGGCCAAGCUGCCCGCCCCGGUGCCUGCCGCCAUCGUCCCCCUUCACUCCGGCGCUGCCAAGGUGCCCGAGUGGAUCGUAAGGCACGAGGAGCCCCGCGCCCGCUCCACGCCACCACCCGCUCUCCCCCCUGACACAAAGGCCUCGGACAUCGACACCAAUUCGAGCACUUUGAGGAAGAUACUGAUGGAACCCAAGUACGUCUCGGCCACGAGCAUAACCUCCACGCACGUGACGACGACGCACGUGGAGCCGGUGAGCGCGCCCCGCUUGGAGGAGGCCCCUCUGCACCCUGUCAUAGAGGCCAUCAAACCCGUGUCGGAGGAGAAGCCGGCCGUGCCCAUCACGAACGCUCUGGACCCACCGGUGGCUGAAGCGCCGGUUUUCAGCGAGAAGGAAAAGAUCAGUACUGUGAUCGCCCCCAAAGCCACUUCGGUCAUAAGCAGGAUGCCCCACAGCGUCGACCUGGAGGAGGCUCCGAGGAUCACCUUGGUGAAGCAAGCCCCCCAGACCCCGACGUGUCUCGUGAAUGCCCCCUCGCCGAAAUUUAAGCAGAGGUCAAGCACGAACGACAACAGUCGGUUUCACCCAGGAUCCAUGUCCAUCAUUGAGGAUCGGCCCGUAGAGACGGGCUCCAGCCCCGGGCUGCGGGUGAACACGUCGGAAGGCGUUGUGCUGCUGAGUUACUCGGGGCAGAAGACGGAAGGCCCGCAGCGAAUUAGCGCGAAGAUCAGUCAGAUUCCCCCGGCCAGCGCCGUCGACAUUGAAUUCCAGCAGUCUGUAUCCAAGUCUCAGAUCAAGCAGGAACCUAUCACACCGUCGCAGCCGACGCCGAAGGGCUCUCAGAGCUCCGCGGGCUACGGGACUGUUUCCACCCAUUCUCCUUUGGUGCUGGGAACGCAGCCCUACAAUAUGUCUCCCGUGAUCUCCUCUGUCAAACAGGAGCGCGUGACGUUGGAGAAGUCUGACUCGGCCCACCUGGCUGCCCAGCCUCCGGCCUCGCAGCCCGGCAAGGUUCUCACGCAGACUGUCAACACUCCUCCCGUGCUUGUUGUCAACAAAAAACUGCCCGAUCCGGCGGCUCUGAAAGUGGAGACCAAGACUCUGCAGCCCUCCAACCUGAGCCCUGGGGUCAGCCCUCACCACCCUUCCCUCUCCGGGAAGAUGCAUUCGGAAGCAAACCACGUCAGCUCGGGGCCCAGCACCCCAACCGAUCGGGCUAUUUCCCACCUGGCGGUCACCAAACAGGAGCCGCACUCGCCGCGGACCAGCGGGCACUCGCCGUCACCAUUCCCACGCACUUGCCAUCCCGGCAGCACGUCAUCCCCGGCUCUGUCAAGCAGCACCCCGGUCAUGCUGGCACCGGGGAUCCCCGUGCCUCAGUACAUCUCCAGCAUGCACCCGGAGCAAUCCGUCAUCAUGCCCCCGCACAGCGUCACGCAGACCGUGUCCCUGGGCCACCUGUCCCAAGGGGAGGUGAGGAUGAACACCCCUCCUCUCUCCGGAAUUUCGUACAGCAUACGCCCCGAAGCGCUCCACUCCCCCCGAGCCGCUCUGCAACCUCAGAUCGAAAUUAAACCUCAGCGAUCCAGCACGCCCCAACCGGCUCCGAUACGAGACAUCGUCAUGCCCCCUCUGUCCUCUCAGCAUCCCCCCGAAGAGGAGAUGCACUACCACCACACCACGGUGUGCAGGGGGCCGGCCCCCGUCCAGCCCGACGUGCUGGUGAUGCAGCCGGAUUACCGCAUGCACCCCACCAGCAUCAGGCUGGAGCAGUACAACGUGCCGCGGGACGUGCGGAUGAUCAUGCAUCCCCACAUGGCCGCGGUGGGCGAGCACCACUCGGAAGGCAGACAGUCCCGGACGCCGGAGGGAGCCGGGAAAACGCCGCCUGUGAGCAAGACCCCGCAGCCUGGCAAAGAGACGCCGAAAUCCUCCGAAGGCAAGAUGGCCCACUCUCCUCACAGCGAGCCCCGGCUGCUCAGCGUCCCUUCCAGCAGCCAGCUCCCUGGCUUGCCGCUGUCGCAGCCGGUGGUGGUGCCGCACGGCGUGCAGAUCAUGCACCCCACGGGCAGCUCCUUCCACGACUACCGCUCGGUGUACGGCGACAUGAGGAAUUACCACACCGCGGCGCAGCUGGGACACCCGCAGUUCCCGGGCGCGUCGCCCAUCGGGCUGCCUUCCCGGAGCAUGACCCCGUCGCAGGGUCUCCCAGAGGGUGAACACUCGCACCCCAGCCAGCCCGGACGCAGCAAGACUCCCCAGAUCUCCCAGGAUCCCAAGGGCCCGCCAGCGUCGGGGCCUGAACAGAGUCACCACCCCACUGUAAAUAGGCAUGCAGCACAGAUAGACCCUCACGUCCACCUGCAGAGGGCACAAGCAGACACGGGCCAGACCUCCUACCCCUCGCCUGUUGCCAUCUCGAUGAAACAGGAGCUGCCGUCGCCGCACCAAGCUCAGGCAGUUCCCAAGCAGUCACUGUUCAUCCCAACGACGUCGGGGCCGGGGCUGCCCCUCAACCGCCCCGAGCCCCAGGCCGCUCUGAAACAAGAGCCGUCUCCUCACGCUGUGUCGCAGAGACCUGUGGAUAUGGUUCAGCUUCUCACGAAAUACCCCAUCGUGUGGCAGGGCCUCUUGGCUCUAAAAAACGACACGGCCGCCGUUCAGCUUCACUUUGUCUCUGGAAACAACGUGCUGGCACACCGCUCCCUGCCCGCCCCCGAGGGAGGGCCCCCGCUGCGCAUCGCUCAGCGCAUGCGGCUCGAGGCCUCGCAGCUGGAGGGCGUUGCACGCAGGAUGAUGGUGGAGAGCGAUUACUGCCUGCUCCUGGCCUUGCCUUGUGGACGAGACCAGGAAGAUGUGGUGAAUCAGACUGAGUCACUGAAGGCUGCGUUCAUCAGCUACCUGCAGGCCAAACAAGCUGCAGGAAUCAUCAACGUUCCCAACCCUGGCUCUAAUCAGCCUGCCUACGUUCUGCAGAUCUUCCCACCCUGUGAGUUCUCAGAGAGCCACCUGUCCCGCCUGGCCCCCGACCUCCUCGCCAGCAUCUCCAACAUCUCUCCUCACCUGAUGAUCGUCAUCGCGUCCGUAUGAGCUGGUUCCUGCUAUACUGACUUAUUUUGGGUUGGUUUUUUUUUUUUUUUUUUUUUUUU